CAAACGAUAGCAAGCAGUCAUGAAGCGAUUACAAGUUAUUAUUUUUGUGGUCACAGCCUUGAUCGUGAUUUGUGGCGCAGAGCGACCAGAGAAGAAAUGCGCCAGGGAACAUAAAAAUGAAAAAUCUUGCAUCAUUCCUUGCGCCUACACGUAUUACGAGUUCCUUGACAAGCAAUAUAGGGUUACCAAGAGACACGUCGACAACUAUAGGAAUUUCUUGCUGAAGUAUAAAGCUGUUCAGGAGGAUAAAUUAAAAGAUUUGGAAAAUCACCUUUACGAUUGCUUGAAAAUAUCGAAAUCACCCGAAGAAUCGUCGCUUGUGGAGAAAUGCGAAAAAGCCCGUAAAUUUGAGCAUUGCAUCAUAGACAAGAAUAUUCUCAAUUAUCCUGUUUAUUAUAAUGCAUUCAAAAAACUCAACUUUGUCAUGGAUGUAUAAAUUCUGACCAACUUUAUAAUACGGCACAAUAAAGC